UUUUGUAAUUAUUUUAAUCUUGGGGGACAUUUAAAUAGUCAAAUAAUCUCAUCAUUGUCAACGAAUCAUAAUACUACACGUUUAAUAGACUGGAUAAUUUUAAUUCACACAAUAGUAUAUGUGCUAAACAUCGUACAUUGUAUAUACACACACACGCUUGCUUAGCUCUUUAAAACCAUGGAUUGGUGCAUCAUAAGAGAUUUUAUUUUGACACUCUCCCUUUGGAACGUCUGCACAGGCACCGAUUUUGCUGGAGCUUCGGUUGAUGAGGCUGAGGAUGGAAAGCAAGGUGUUAUUAAUUUUAGCACACCUAGUCUGAGUGAUGAAGAGGCUCACAGUAUACACAUGCCAGCAGGACUCAAGUGUGACGGAUGUUUAGUCGUAGCAUAUCAGCUUGCAAGUGGGUUUAGCAAAGCUGAACGUGGAAAAUCUAAAAGACUGACAGAAUCACAAAUCUUUGAUGUAACAGAUACUGUGUGUGGUCGUAAAGGCUUUGAUCAAUAUGGUGUAAAGGAAAUAAAAGGAAAGAAACAACUAUCAGGUCCAGGAAUGCCAGCUAAUGAGUCCCCUGGUAUAAUGCAGGGUGGUGGUAAAUGGCCCACAAGAUUACAAGCUAUGUGUUCUAACUAUAUAGGAGAACUAGGAGAGGAAGAAGUAUAUGACGCCUACAGAGAAGACGAAACAUUAGUUAAUACCCUGUGUUAUGAUAAAGGAAUGUUUGGCUUAUGUUCUGGUCAAAAUAAGAAAGAUGAGUUGUAGAGAUCUCAAACACAUCAAACUUUAACAGUAAUCUAGGAAAAGGUUUAAUGUUAAGGUUAUUUCCAAAUUGAAAUUGGUUUGAACAAAAAAGAAGAUCCAAGUCUCCCAAUAUGGUUCAGAGAAAAUUCCUAAUGAAAGCUUUGAAAACGUUUAAGAUAAACAUUGAAUUAAAAGAUAAUCAGUUUUCAUAUGUCAUUAUCUUUUUAUGACAAAAGACUGUGUAUUGUAUUCAAUGUGUGCAAAGGCAAAGAAUUCAACAUUAUAGCUUUCUUAUGCAAUGUUUUUUUUAAGUCAUGAUUGACAAAGGAAUUUGAGGUUUUUUUUCAAAUCUAUGCUCAUUCAUAUUAAUUUCAAGUGCCAUUUUGGAACCCAUUGGCAUAAAUGACAAAUUAUUUCACAAAGAGCAUCACAGUUUUACAAACUGGUAACAACUAGACAUUUUUCUCAUGGCUUUUAUCAUUUUUAAUGAAACCAUAAAAUGCUUUAAUUUUAAAAGAAUGUGCUUUCUCUUGCCAUUUUGUGAGUUAUAGGUUCAUUAAGAAAGCAGGGUAGCAUUUUGUUUUAAAAAGUGUUUAAAUGUUAUUUUUUUUUUCAUUGAUGUUUUGUAUUUUAAUAAGUGUUGUUACUUGAAUUGUUUUUUGAAAAUUUUAUUGUUGUUUCAGAAUUGAUAUUAAAUUAUUUCGUGUUUGUUAUUUUGCAAGACUUUUAGUGGAGACGCUUUUCUUUAAGAAUAAAAGCAACUAGUGAAAUAAAUUUUACCAAAACCAGAUAUUUCACGAUUCUUUUUAUCGUUACAAAAUUAAAAUUUGGAGGUGUGGUAGAUUAUUGUCCAUCAACUAGAGACAUAUGGAUGAGUAUGAAAACACUUAACAAUAAGAUCACCAUCUGAUUUUAUACAGAUUCAAAUACCGUAACAUAAUAAACAUUUGAUACCACACUUAUAAUUAAUUUUAUUAAAAUUAAACUGUUCAAAUUGUACUAAAUUCCUAUAAUAUUGUUAUAUAAUGAAUCAGAGUUUGAAUGACAAAAAAUGUUGUAUAUAAUACAUAGUGUUUCAAUUUACAAUAAAUGCAUAAUAAUAUAUUCCAUUUAAAUCUUACUCACAUCUGCUUUUAUAUUGAUAUUCUACAAAGGGAGAUAACUUAGCAGUAUAUGUCAGUAAACAAGGCAAAAUUACCAAGAUAAGUAAUUAUCUUAUUUAGAAAUUAGGAAGCAUAUAACAACUUGACAAGAGCUAGUAAUAUUUCCUUUUCUGAAAUUCAGAUACUGUAUGCAAAUUGUACAUAUGUCUUUAAUAUUCUAUAGCAUUGGUCUUUAACUGCUGUGUGCCUUCAUAACCCACCUUUAUAUUGUAACUUGUUAUUUAUGAUGUUUUUAUUUUGUAUUGUUUACAAUAAAAUUAUUCAAUUA